AGGACCGACUUUGAUCUGCAUCAGACGCCGAGUGAAAACCUCCUCCCGAACAUGAUCUCCCCAUCGGCACUCAAAGAGGACAACUCAAGUGCUACUAAUUUAAGCCUUGUAAACAACAGUACUGUCUAUGGAGGACUUGUAUGCGAAGGGCGCUUUACCUGGUUCAUUCAUGGCCCUAUGAUUCCAUUCUGCGUUCUGAUCAUCGCUUCUAACAUUGUCGUCAUAGCAUUAGUGUUCUGGAAAGAAAGUUUGCGCACUCUAACCAACAUCAUCCUCGUUUCGCUGGCUGUAUCAGAUCUUAUGUCAGGGUUAGUGGGUAUCCCCUUACUUUUCGCCUGCCCUUUCUCGAAGAUAAUAUAUCCGUGCAUUGCAUCUGUCCUAUUCAUGCGCUUCACGACCGUUUCAACAGUGCUCCAUUUCGUGUUGGUCGCCUCCGAUCGCUAUGCAAUGAUCAUUUAUUCGAUGCGCUACAACGCACUCGUAACAAGAUCGCGCGUCGUAUGUGCUCUUACAACAGUUUGGAUCACAUCCAUUGUAGUAUCAACGGUGCAGAUGACAUGGUACGACGUCAGUAAAAGGUUGGAGGAAAAAAAACGCGAAGACGAAGUUUACACUUUUCUUUUCAUCAUAGUUUUUUUCGCUUUACCUCUGCUUUACAUGUUGUGUGUCUAUAGCCAUAUUCUCGUCGUUUCUCUUCGACUCCUCUUCGCAACCCGAGCGCGUCGCACGAACUUGGGUGACGAACCCGUGAACUCCAUCAUGCGAGACUUUCGAGGAACAGUAAUUCUGAUCUCAAUGUUAGUUGUGUUCACGGGCUGCUGGUUUCCAUUUUACCUUCUUAUAUUACAAGAUCAUGUUAAAGUGGAAAUCAUACCAAUCCAUUCCUGGGAGAUGUGUUUGUUUACGUUCAUGCGUUUUCUUCCGCCGAUGUCAAAUCCAGUGUUCUGUUCGUUUUGCAAACGCGAUUUCCGAAGAACUAUACGCAAUUGGCUGAGCGCGCACGGAGUGAAGAUGUGCCGAAAAAAAAGUGAGCAUAUUCGUGUCAGAUUCACUCGAGGUCAAUCGGAUGGAUUCACCGCUGGCUGCGUUAGGAGUGGAACAAGUUUAGAAACUUCACUGCAACGUUCCCCAUCCCCACGAAGCUUAAGAGCAGCUAAACAAACCACCACCACAAACCACUGAACCAAAAAAGGUACAUCUGUAAAAUAUACUUUAAAAAGACCGACAGCAUUUGAAUUCAUCUUCUCUUUAGGAAAAGAAAGAUUACUUUUUGCACCAUUUACUUUUCUGGUUGAUUCGCUUUCGUUUUCUUUUUUUACACAUGUAUGCAAAAGAACAUUUUGUGACAUGAAACCCAUUUCGGCUCAAGCUGUAGUUUACUCUGUAUGAUUCUAAAUUGCAUAACAAAAAAUCUUAUGUAACUUAAUGAGUAAAACCGCGAGGAAUAACGUAUUUAAGAAAAUUAUCUAACGAUAACUUUACAACCCGAGGGUAAAUUAAUAAGCGUUUACUUGGAGAGAUAUCCGAAACAAAAGAAGAAAAAAGUCAUAUCCCGGUAAAAAUAGAAGAACAAUAUUACACUGAAUUUAUAGCUCAAGGGUUAAAGAACGAAGCCAUUGGUAAUAGACGGAGAAACAGUGAAAUAUUAUGCGAAGUGAUGCCUGCAAUA